CGAAGGAGGAGAGAAAGUCCCUGCCGCGUGGGGUUGUGGGAAAAGUUUGAUGACGUUUGCCUUUGAAGUAGAGCAACAUUAACGCAACUCGGUGCUGGUCAUCUCUCAUUCAACAACGGUGUUGGACCUUAACGUGGUGUAACAAGAGUAAGAGAGCUCAGGCUUAGAGAGAAGGACGUCCCUUGCAAGAUGGGGGCCGUGUUGUCUCGGUGGAGGGCCAAGCCAUCUACGGUUGAGGUUUUGGAGGGACUUGAUAAGGAUAUCCAGUCCCUUGAGGAAUAUCGAGAGAAGAACCAGAAGAAGUUGAAGUUAUGGGUUUACAGGCUGCUGUUGUAUUCUGCUCUGCUUUACCUGAUGGCCUGCAUAGUUGUCUAUGUGUGGUACAUCCCAGAGCAGCUGAUAGGAAAAUUAAUAGUGGCUUCACCGUUCAUGGUAUUUCCAUUAUUCGUCUGGCUCCUGAGAAAACUGCUGAUUGUUUUAUACAACAAACGAACAGAGAGAAACGAUGAAAAAUUAGAAGAGCUGAAAGCAGAGAAAAAGAAAAUACUUGAGCAGGUGAUGGAAACUGAAACCUACAAAAAUGCCAAACUGAUUCUGGAGCGGUUCGACCCUGAAUCAAAGAAAAAACUUGAGUUAGAAUCUCAACCCAUAAGCCAACCUGUGACUCCAAGACAAGGGCAAGAGCUGCGUCAGAGGCAUAUGACCCCUUGUCCUACUGGACGUCCUCCUCUCGCUCCGGUAAAUGCCACUGCAGCCUCUCCUGCCCCACUUUCUGCCCCGGGGGGACCACCUGAAAAAAAUCUGUCUACCUCCACCCCGCACGGUCUGAUCAGAAGACCUGGAACCUUGACUGGCACACCUGCCCCAGGGAUGGCGAAUCACCCUCCAGGUCCUCCACUGACCAGACCCAUCCUCCCCAGAGACAGAGGUGCCAUGGACAGGGUCAUUGAGUACCUAGUGGGUGAUGGACCUCAGAACAGAUAUGCUCUGAUAUGCCAACAGUGUUCAUCUCAUAAUGGCAUGGCUUUAAAGGAGGAGUUUGAAUAUGUUGCAUUCAGAUGUGCCUACUGUUAUUUCCUAAACCCUGCCCGGAAGAUGCGUCCCCAGGCCCCACGUCUCCCAGAAUUCAUUGCAGAAACCAAGAUGAGCCAAACCCCCCCUGUUGUUGCUAUGGAGACAGACCUAUCUGCUCCCCCACCUGCCCCAGAGGGUAAAGCAGCCAGUCCAGAGCAUGUAAAUGCAGAACCCAAGGAGAAGCACGCAGAAGAGAGUCCAUCAGAAGAGACGUCUGGAGUUCCUGAACCCCACACUGACCUCCCUGACAAAUCAGAUGGCGAGCACGAUGUGUCCGCCAUGGAAGUGGAGUAGAGUGCUACAAAUCUUGACAAUAUAAACGUGUAUUCAUCUUGAGUGUGCAUGCAUGUGAGUUCGAUUUCAACUGAAGGUUCAUUUUCUUCUUCACCUUUGGUUUAUUUGUUGCUUCUCGUUUUAAUUUCCUCAUAUUAUAAUUGCUGUUAUUUCAUAAGUCAGUGUAGUAAAGUGCAGUAUAAAAUAAAAAAAAAUUUUUAGUGGUCAAAUGUUUGUUUUUCUUUUUUGUUUUUUUGUUAAACUACCAAUUAUAAAACUAAUAUAGCUGUAAUAAGUUACAUUGCUGACUUUUAUAGUCCAUGCAUAUUUAGUCUUCGUUUACAAGUUACAUGAAAGCACGAAUGUAAGAAUGUUCAAGUGUUUAUUUGUUAUCUCUGAGUUGGCAAGAAAAGCAGCUAUUGUCAUUUCACUCUCCAUGUAAGCACUGUUUUGUGACAAUGUAUUUAAUAUUCUUAUUUUAUAAUACAUAAUGUAAAAAUGUCCUGUUCAAGAGUAUUUAUAAGGUUUAUAGUCAUUCAUAUCCUCUCAGUGCCAGUUAUGAAAGUGUAGCAUACAUGAGGUGCUGUGAGAUCGGUCCUGUGUUUACAUGUUUACAGGUUGCGCCAUAGGAAUGUCUGCUUAUUUAUUACUGCAUAGAAACAGUCUUUCAGUGUUCUCAGCCAUAUGUGCCUAUAUGUUUAAGCUGUUUGAUAAUAAUAAUAAUAAUAAUAGAAACAAUUCUCUAAUUAUGAAGUAUUUUGUGCAAAAAUACAAUGCUGUUUUAAUUUUGUUUAUGAAAAAUAAAGUUU